UCAAAACAACGCACGCAAACCCAUCCUUGUUCCGCUGAUGAGUGGAGCGCAUCGCUCUUCUUGUUUUAUCCGCUCGGACACUACGUGAUCGACAGUGACUCGAAACGGUUCCGUGUGUGAGGCGUAGUUUUUGUUGAAAAAACGUAACGACGAAAAAAGUGCAGUCAUCAGCUCGCGAAAAAUUCAUUCGAUUCGAUUCCAUCUUUGUGGUGCCUCGAUUUCGGUACAACGCCGUUUUUGUGUAUUCUUGGAGGAAAAAGGCGAAAAUGUGAACCCAGAGCAGCGAAAAAUCUGACGAUCCUGAAGUCGGUCGGAACCGAAAGCCAGAAGAAAGAAAAAAGUUGGGACUGAAGGAGGAGCGAUUUGUUUUUGUUCUCGUCGGUGGAAACACAAUGGCGACUGUCGUCUUGAUCGCCUGCUUCGAUGGGUGAUUUUCUCGAGGUGUUGGAAGCGAAUUUUGAUUACGAAUGUGGAAACGAUUUUCUCGGUGGAAGAAUUUGCCUUUGGGGGUCUGAAGAAGAAAAGCUGUGAAGAGAAAUUGUGCUUGGGCGAGAAAGAUUGAAGUCUUCGUUGGCAAGGGCUAAUCAAUUGAAAGUGUUUUUCAUGUGCGAACUGUGUUUAUCUACGUAGCAGGAGAAAAAGUGAUUUUUAUUCGAAAAGAAAAUCGAUUUUGUUUCUUGCUGAAGUUUCCCGAAUUGGAUGAUUGCAGCGCUCGGAAUCGAAAAAGCUCGCUAGAAGAUGACCCAACUGCAUCAGACAACAACGGUCCACUAUCAUGCUAGAACGCAUCAGUGUCUCGCUGCAGCACCACCGUCUAUGCUUGAACCAUCCAUUCAUCAUUCCAUCGAAUGGUGAACGUCACGACACAACCGCUGCUAAUUCAAUCGAGCUGAUAUCACCACUAGCCGCAUCAACCCAUAUCAGCUGUUUGCACGUUGAUAGGCUUUGUUGAAGCGCAGAAGUGUUUGAAGUGUUGUUGUUACAUCCAUACAUACGAACGUUUAUCGAAAAACAAGUGACAUGAAUCGAUACUAGUGAAGAACCGGAAGCCUAGCGAAAGUGCUUCGCCCAAUUUAAGACUCUGGAGUUUCCUGUGACUGGGUGCCAACCGAAACGAUGGCCCUGUCCAUAGUGAGCGCCUUCUUGGUCAGAAGUCUGCUGACCAACUACCAUCUAGUCCUACUGCUCUCAGUCUUCCUGCUGUCGAAAAGUGCCAAGGGGGAUAUUCUCGUCUAUCAACAAGAUCAGCUGCUGGAGGAGUUCCGUGACUUCCCGGCCACCUUCGGGGGCGACAUUCCCGAGAGUGGCAUCAAGGUGCGUGCCGUCCGGGCCGUUCCCUACGAUGGCUGCUCGGAGAUGGUGGGCCCACCGGAGAAUGUCACCGCCAUCGGCGUGCCGGUUCGGUUCGCCGUCAUUAUAGCGAGGUACAAUUGCUCGUUCGAGGAGAAGGUUCGCAAUGCACAGAGAGCCGGGUACGUGGCAGUCAUUGUGCACAACGUUGGAAGCAAUGAUUUGGAACGCAUGUCGGCCAACCACGCCGAGGACAUCGUAAUUCCGUCGGUAUUCAUUGGCGAAAGCAACGGCGUGUACAUCAUCGAGAGUUUCCUAUACCCGCUGCCGUACGCGCUGAUCAUCACCGACGACAUCCCAUUCAACAUUAACAACAACCUAAUAAUCCCGUUCGCCAUCGUCGUGGGACUGUGUUUCAUCAUUAUGGUUUGGCAGGUGUGCUUCAUGAUCAUCCGCUGCAUACGGGAACGUCGCCGUAUGAUGCGCCACCGCUUGCCCAACAGUGUGCUGAGGAAGAUUCCAAUCGUGAAGUUCGCCAAAGGAAUGCAGUACGACACGUGUGCCAUCUGCCUGGAUGACUACGUUGACAACGAACGGCUGCGGGUGCUACCCUGCCAUCACGCAUAUCACGUCAAAUGUAUCGACCCUUGGCUAACGAAAAACCGCCGCGUUUGUCCAAUCUGCAAACGGAAGGUUUUAGCCCGAGGAGAACGGAGGCCGCCGAGGCGGCGCUCCUCCACCGACAGCAUGUCAUCGUCUGAUGCCGACGAAAACUCUCCACUGCUGAACACGGUCCAGAACCAACCGACUGCGACAAGUUCGGCGCCCACUCCACCGAACUACCAAACACUCGAGGGGGCAGAUGGUGCCGCUACAUCUUCGCCACGGCGCCCUCAGGUUCCGGCGAACAAUUCCCACGUGGUCAAUUUGAACGUCGAUGACGAGAUGUUGGUUCCCCCUCAAGCAAGCCUGGAGAACAGGGCAGGUCGUCGGUUCAAUCCAUUCGACCGUGCGGUUCAGCAAUCCUCCUCGCAACAACCGGCCGCCCUCGAGGGUGGCGGUGAAUCUCCGUACAGUCCGAUCGGGGAAGAACAGCCGGCCAGCUCCGUAUGGUCGCGAUUUAUAAACAAAAUGCGCUUCUUCGGCCGUAACGAGCAGCGCCUGGAGGAGAUCCUAUCGGACGACGACGAAGACGACGACGAUGUACCGCCGGCCACCGGUGAUACGCUUCCGAUCGCCACCGCCAGCCGUAGUUCUGCCGCCGCCAGCAAUAACAUCCUGAACAGCAACCUCAGUGGAUCGUUCCACGGGGAGGACACAACCGACGACGAGAUGGUUGGCGCCAGCUUCCGCGAUGAAGCUAAGCGACGUCAGAUCCGAUCCGCGCCCAAUCUUCCCUCGACCAGUGGAAUGGCUGGUGGCUCGUUAGGCAGUGGCGGUGGCCGUCUCGGCGUAGCAGCUCUACCAAAUGUUAACUUUAUUCCCAGCCAACCGAGUCGAAGUACCGGCGAUCCGGGGCGGCGUUCAAACCGUUCCGGUGGCGGUGCCGGCAGCUCCGGUGGCCACUUUCCCGUGUAAAUAGCUAGCAUAAAUGGAUAGAACAGAGCAGGUAAGUCCAUUGUUCAUCAUAUAUUUUAAGAAGAAAAGAUGAAUUCGGGAAUAAACUAUUCAGAGAAGUGAUACGAGCAAGUGGAGAAUUAUGAUUCACCCGGUUAGGUUUAGCAGCUCUAGGCACCCGUCGGAUGCAACUUCCAGUUUAUAUAAAACGUUCGGUUGGUGCAAUGUGGACCUCUUUCGUUACUUUACACCAUAAGUACCUAAAACAUUUGUUCGUAUUCAUUUUUGUGUCAUUUUAUUGGAAAUCAACUCUAUUCGAUACUCGUUUGUAAGAAAAUUAUAGGGAAUCUUUAGAACAAAAUAAAGAUUCUUGAAUCUGAAAUUGUGUAACAGAAAGCCUGAAUGUGAUUGGAUUUUUUUAAAGUCGUUUAUUUUUUAAAUAUUUUAUCCAUUACGAAUAUUAGAAAUAGGCAGUAAACUGAAUCAACUAUUAACCAAAAGAAAAGUAAUUCCAUUGUGUUACACCUCAAUUGUGGUAAGGUUGGAAUGCGGGAGACAGGAUUGUCACAGCUCAUUCAAUAUUUAACCAUCCUUUUUCCGAUAGUGAACAUUUGCGUUAGUUGCUAGUUGGACAGUUGAAUUAGGAAUUUGUAGGUCACAAACACAGCUCCAAAUAUUUGUAUUUAAUCGAUCACGUACACUCACCCGGACACUUUUAUUAUAAACAUUGAGGGAAAACAUAUUCUGAGCGUGAGAUGUAACCAUGUUGUUCGUGUUUUGUUCGAUUAACUUAAAAAUAUCCAUAUCCUUUAUUCGAUUAUUUUGUGUCUAAGACCCUUCCCUAACGGUAGGAUUAUCAAAUAUUGUUCGUGCUUUUCAUUAGCAUCGAAACAACACUUACCGCGCAUAAUGAAUACACAUAGACGCUGUACAAUAUUAGUCAUCUAUUAUAAUAGUAAAUUUAAGGAAACACAUACAUGUCGAGAAGAACAGAUCGGAAAUGUGAAUUUACUAUUUUUAAUCACGACAGCGUAGUAUCAUGCUUGUAAGAAGAAUAACAUGGAAACUACUCUACUGCCAGUCGAGUCUGCUGCUAGGAGGAUUAUGUUGUUCACCUUAUCGUGUGUACCUAAAUAGUAGAAUGUGUUAUUGCUAUGAGCUAUAAGCGAUCAUUAAGAUAAUAAAAAUGAACAAAAUCUGGAAUUUCCUGAACCAAAAUCUGACGAAGAGCAAGUAACAAAUAACAGCAGGAAACGAACGCAGACACACGCAAAUGCAGACAGAAGUACCAUACGUAUGUAGUGAGUUUUAGUUAUCUGGGUCAUAGUGUAGUAUCUCGCAGAAUAUCUCGCAAAGAAAAACAUCCACAAACACAAACAAAAAAAAACAACAAUAAGGUAAUGCAGAUGGAAUAAACUGAAUUUGACUGAA